UCGUGGUUCACUUAGAGUGGGUAGUCUAUGUAAAUAUAGUCACACCUGGAGAGUAUACCAUCACCUAAGAGUUGAGUCUCCGCAAUUAUUGCAUCCCAAAUGUCGCUGAAUCCAAAAAAAAAUCCUACGCAGGAUGCGCCUACCGGGAAUGCCUCGCCCACCCCCGCGGCCAAGCGCAGGCCCCCUAAGCUCAGAAAACCACCCGCCGAGCCAGCAGACGACUCUGUAAGAGAUCAGAAAGAUACAAAGGCAAAUGACACCCCUGCCAAUGACCCCAUCGACGAGGAUGCCCCCCAAGACAAAACCCAGGAGGACGCCGAAGAUGAAAGCACGGAUGAUGGAGAGUCUGGCGAAGUGACAGCUGAGGAGGAUCAACCAGAAGAGGACGAGGACGAUGACGAGCCUCUGCCAGAAUCACCACCAACUGAAGAAGUCGGUUCUCCAGAGCCAGAGCCAGAGCUUGAGCCGGAACCUGAACCUCCCAAACGACACUAUCGUCCAAGACGGACUGUCGCGCUUGAUCGUGAGAGAAACGCACCCCCAGAAGUCUGGAGUAGAAACAAGCAGGAUCAGUCUGGUCAGCAGCUUGCCCGCCUGGAUGAUGUUGGACAAACGGUCGGCCAAGUUGGAGAGCUUGCACAGGACGUCGGCGGGAAGGCCGUGGGUGAAGUUGGAAACACGGCAGGGAAAGCUUUGGGCAGUGCUCUUGGUGGACAGUCCAGUGAGGAGGACAAGGGAAAGGAGGAGCAAUUGAGGCUACGACUGGACUUGAACCUGGACAUCGAGGUCCAGCUCAAGGCGAAGAUACAUGGAGAUUUAACCCUCCAGCUGCUUAACUAACCAUGAUGGCCUUGGUCUAGCUUUAUCCUCUGGCCGCCUCCGGCCUGUUCCUACUAAUUUUCAUGCCUGUUGUUCCAGUACGCCGU